AUGGUGACCCGCUUGGCGUGGAUGGCGCAGAGAUUGGUGUCUUCGAAGAGUCCCACAAGGGCCAACAGAAGAAAGUCAAAAGAGGUUCCAAUCACAGAAAGUCAAAAGAGGUUCCAAUCACAGAAAGUCAAAAGAGGUUCCAAUCACAGAAAGUCAAAAGAGGUUCCAAUCACAGAAAACAGAAAGUCAAAAGAGGUUCCAAUCACAUCCUCUAACACCGAGGACAGUGAAGGAUGGACGAGAACUCUACACAACAUCAGAGUUAGAAGCUUCAAGCCGAAGGGUACACUAGGACCUUCAUUCAACCGACGCUCUUCGGCUUUGAAGUACUUCCUCAAGUUCUUUCCCAUCAGUCUCCUUCUCACCAUCGUCAAGUGGACCAAUGUAAAACUUGCGGAGAAACCCGUUCGGCUAACGUCACUCGCAGAGAUAAGAGCCUGGUUCGGCAUACACCUGGUGAUGGGUCUGGUCAAGGUGGCCAAUUACAAAAAUUACUGGUCAACACAUCCCGGUUAUCGUAACUCCCUCAUCUCGUCCACAAUGACCCGCAACCGUUUUGACUCCAUCAGCCAGUUUCUUGUGUGUAACGAUGCCAGCAAGGACCCCUCCCUCAUCCAAGACAAGGCUCACCGAUACAACGCCAAGCUCAAGCACCCCUUGUUCCAUGUGCAGCCGGUAUGGGACAAGGUCCGCAAACAGUGCCUGAGGAACUACGUGCCGGAUCAGGAGCUGACCAUAGACGAGGCGAUGAUCCGGUACAGGGGAUUCAAGGCUAGCGUUCGCAAGUUUUUUAUGCCCCUGAAGCCAAUUCGUGCCGGCUUCAAAGUUUACGCCAUCGCCGAAUCAGCUACAGGGUUCAUCCUGAACUUCAUAAUCCACCCUCACGGUCAGAAGCCUGCUAAGAUGUUGGACAUCGCAAUGGACACUGCAAAAUUCCAUCUCAACUCAUACCACCACCUGUACACCGACAAGCUGUACACAUCUAUCCCCUUGGCGCGACACCUUCUGAGCCAAAAGAUGUACUUGACCGGGGCCAUCAAAGGCAACAGCAGAGGCCUGCCCAAGGACUUUAACAGCGAGAGGGUGAAGAGGAUGAGUAGCAACCCUCGGGGCUCUUUCUCCACACGGCAGAACGGUCAACUGACUGUUGCUGCUUGGAAAGACAGCAGAGUGAUGCUACUUCUUUCUUCAGCGCAUCAAGGGUGGAGAGACCCUCAGGAGCACUCCGUGCAGCGAAAGAUCGCAGAUGAUGGCACUGGACGCCUGGAGAAAAAGACCAUAUCUGCACCUCCACAGGCAAUCUCCUACACUCGCUACAUGGGAGGGGUUGAUCGUGGGGAUCAGCUACGAUCAUACUAUUCUUGCUCGAGGAAGUCCCAGCUGUGGUGGCGAAAAAUCCUGUAUUUCCUCGUUGACAUAGCUCGAGUGAAUGCGUGGAUAUGCUACCGGAAACACCACAGCACCGUAGCAACCAACAGUCCGGAAAGCUCAGAGGAAGAUGAAAGUGCCCCCACCCACUCCAAGUUCAUCAUGGAUGUAGCAACACAGCUCAUCGAUGGGUAUGCCCAAGGCAGAGCUGAGGUGCAGUUUUAUGGAUCCAAGAGGGUGAAAGCAAAGAACGCCCUUGGGCACACAUCAACUAGGAUGCCAGGUCGCUACGCACGUUGGUGUCGGUGGUGCAGACUGCACAACGGAGUAACAAAGUCUGGAAGAACAAAGACAACAAGACGAGGCUGUCAAGCGUGUGGAGUCUACUUGUGUGCUGGACAGUGCUUCAUCAACUACCACUCUCUUGAAAGCAGCGAAGAGGCAGGACACACCACCAGCACCACCGAGUAG